GGAUUCGUGGGACAUCAUUUGGACCUGCGAUGGACUCCAGCGCGGGGGAAUAUGGCAUGGCUCGUGUCGGAUUGUUUUUGGUUUUGAUGGGGCUGUGGAGAUUUGGCGACGCUUGCCCCGCAUCCUGCACUUGCAGCAUCUCGCGGAUUGUUUGCAAUGAUUCCGUGCCAGGGAUCGAGGAUUUCCCCGUCCUCACGUUAGAUGACAUGGAAAACAUCACCGAGAUAUACAUUACAAAUCAAAACAGACUGUUUGACAUCAAUGACAACAGUCUGAGGCAUUACAUCAACCUGAGGAACCUAACAGUGAUGAAGACGAGAUUGACGUCUUUAUCGUCGGAUGCAUUUUUCAACAAUACGAGACUCCAAUAUGUAAAUCUCAGAGACAACAAUCUAUCGACGCUGUCGUGGAGAACGUUUCAGAGCUUCAACGCGACAUACCCGCUCCUGCUGUCCGGCAACCCUCUGGAUUGUGUUUGUGAGAACAUAUGGAUCAAACUGAGGCUCCUUGAAGAAACCGACAGUCCAGAUCUGACAUGCAUAGACGACCGAGGAGCGCCAAAGGCCUUUGCCAGCCUCUCUCCACCGGACUGUGUGGUUCCCAAAGUAGAGGUCACCCCGAAAUCUGUGACGAUGAUGCAGGGGAGUAAUGUCAAAGCUGUGUGCAGCGCCUCAGGCUCUCCUCCCCCUGAGAUCCUGUGGAACCUCGACUGGCUCUCCACCCACCACGAGAUUGACCCUUCGGAGAUGGAGAGCAGCAUCACCUUGACGGACCUGUCUCCUGAUGAUAAUGGGAAGGUGAUCAUAUGCAGUGCCGAGAACAUGGUCGGUCAGACCGAGGCUACCCUGCAACUCAAUAUUCUCUUUGCCCCCACCAUCCAGCAGCUGCUGGGGCCCGAGCGGGACCACCACUGGUGCAUCCCAUUCAGCGUGACGGGGAACCCCAAGCCCGAGCUGCAGUGGUACCACGAGAACGUGGCUCUCCUGGAGCAGGACUUCAUGCGCACCAGGAUCCACCUGUCCACCGAGAGCGAGGACCACGGCUGCCUGCAGCUGGUCAACCCCACGCACAUCCACAACGGCGUCUACAGGCUGGUGGCCAAGAAUGAGUACGGGCGGGACGAGAAGAAGGUCUCGGCCCAGUUCAUCGACCCGCCUUACAUCAACCACACAGAAGAAAACUUCUACGAAUAUCCUACUGAGUCCCCACUCCCUCCGCUGGACGACAGUGUCGCAGUGUAUGUGGUUGUGGGAAUCGCCGGCAUUGCUUUGACCGGCUGCGUUCUGAUGGUGAUCAUUCUGAAAUACGGAAGAAACUCAAAGUUUGGUCUUAAAGGCUCUUCCUCAGUCAUCAGCAAUGACGAUGACUCUGCCAGCCCUCUUCAUCACGUCUCCAAUGGCAACAACACCCCGUCGUCCUCGGAGAUGGGUCCAGACGCAGUGAUCAUUGGGAUGACAAAGAUUCCCGUCAUUGAGAACCCGCAGUACUUCCGUAACUCCGGCGGCAUGCUGAAAUCCGACACGUUUGUCCAGCACAUCAAGAGACACAACAUUGUGCUGAAGCGGGAGCUGGGAGAAGGAGCCUUCGGGAAGGUGUUUCUCGCUGAGUGCUACAACCUGACACCGGACCAGGAGAAGCUCCACGUAGCCGUCAAGACUCUGAAAGAGGCCAACGAGAGCGGCCGAGCGGACUUCUACCGAGAAGCCGAGCUCCUCACCAACCUGCAGCACGAACACAUCGUCACUUUCUACGGCGUGUGUGUGGAGAGCGACCCGCUCAUCAUGGUGUUUGAAUACAUGAAGCACGGGGACCUGAACAAGUUCCUCAGGUCUCACGGCCCGGAUGCAGUACUAAUGGCAGACGGUCAGCACUGCAUCCAGGUGGAGCUCACCCAGUCCCAGAUGCUGCACAUUGCCCAACAGAUUGCGGCCGGCAUGGUCUACCUGGCCUCCCAGCACUUUGUUCACAGGGACUUGGCAACCAGGAACUGCCUGGUGGGAGAAAACCUGCUGGUGAAGAUAGGCGACUUUGGCAUGUCCAGAGAUGUUUACAGCACAGACUACUACAGAGUGGGCGGUCACACGAUGCUGCCGAUCCGCUGGAUGCCCCCAGAGAGCAUCAUGUACCGGCGGUUCACCACAGAGAGCGACGUGUGGAGCCUCGGCGUGGUGCUGUGGGAGAUCUUCACCUACGGCAAGCAGCCCUGGUACCAGCUGUCCAACAACGAGGUGAUCGAGUGCAUCACGCAGGGCCGCGUGCUGCAGCGGCCCCGGACCUGCCCCAAAGAGGUGUACGACCUGAUGCUGGGCUGCUGGCAGAGGGAGCCCUACAUGAGGCUCAACAUCAAGGAGAUCCACAGCAUGCUGCAGAGCCUGGCCAAGGCCUCGCCCGUGUACCUGGACAUACUGGGCUGAGGCGCCGCUCUUCUUGUAUGUACUCCUGUGUGUGUGUGUGUGUGUGUGUGUGUGAGCGCUGGGGCUUCGAGCGUGGGUGAGUGGUUGUGUGUCUGUUUGCACGCGAUGGAAGCAGGGUGAAGGUUUGUGGCUGUAAAUGUUCCUGUAAAUGCUAUCGUCCUCGUCCCCAUCACAUCGAGAAGAGCUUUACACGUUGAGUGAUUUUGGUUCGGUUAUUCCUUUGCAGACGUCACUGCAGGCAUGUUUUUGUCCGUGGAAACCAAAACGCGUGCAUACGUGGAAGGCGUACACGAAUAAAGGAAACCCGACCAUCAGAAAUACUGAUCUCUGGGUUACUCUCUACGUUCACCGCAUUAAAUCAUCUCGUGUAAUCCAUUUAUCUGGGAGUGAAAGGGAAGAUAGUGUGUCUCCAUAAUGGACAGCGUGCGGACACGACUUUGUAGAUAGAGCUUUCUCUCCUUUCGACACUCGGCAACACAUUCUGCAGGAAUAUUCAAAAAGAUACCCAUCGAGUUACGGAUUUUUCUUUUUUAUAUUUCAGACUAUUUUAAUAUUUGUAGAGUUUAUAAAUGUUGACUCUGUUUUCAUACCUCACUGUUGAUUUCAAUUUGUGCUUUCCUCGACAUCCACAUCGACAUUUCUUCCAACCAAAUCCACUCCGAGGUUGUACAACGACAAGGGCCAUCACUAUUCCCAGUAACGCUAUCGUCACACGUCAUAUUCAUGUAAAUAGCUCCACAUCUAAAUCUACAAAGCGAUGUUUUAGAAGUUGUCGGAGUGCUCGGCUGCGUUUCACGACCUUUUCAUUUGAUGUACCUGAAGCACAGAGAAUGAAGGAGGUGUUGAGAGACAAAAAAAGAAAGAAAGAAAGAAGAUGAGCACAGUGUUGUUUUACUUUCUCAUUCACCAGCGAUGCCAUUCAGCAAACCUCUGCUGUUCGGUGGCCCAUAUCUAUAUAAAGUGACAUUUUUCCUUCUUUUUCCAAAAAGUUGUGGCUGUUGUUGAGAUUUGUUUGAUCGGAGAGGAUUGGAUUCGUUCUCUGGGUGGUUUUGUUCAACUGUGCGCUGAUUCCCGGCUUCAUUUGUUUGCAGCACUUUGCUUUUCGUUCGCAUUGAACACGUUUGCUUGUCGUUUGUUUGCGUGUUCUGAAGAUGUAAUCUUUAGUUCUUAAUAGCAGGCUGAGAGGCCACAACAAAAGGAUUCAUUAAGAGUCUGAUUGCCCUCAAAGAGUCCCAGAGGUGCUUUCCUCUCAGCCGGGCGGGGGCCGAUGCAGCUGCUGGCUUCGGGCAUCGCUAAAGCACAUUUCCAUAAGCUGCCUGAUGAACGGUUUUAAAACGCGUCCCUGUAGUUUGUCUUUCUCCCCCCAAAUCAUCUCAAGUGGUCUGUUUCCAGAUUUGAAAAAAAACAAGAAAAAAGGGUAAAAUAUUAAAGCAAGUGUGGCGGUGCGAGUGGACGCACCGCGUUGACCUUUGCAGAGAUUACUGCUUCUCAAUGACCCUCAUGCAUUUCCAUAUGGAGACAAUACGUUACGCUGAGUGCACUUUGUAGCGUUACUUACCCCCCCCCCCCUCUAAUGCACAACCACAGCGGCUGACCGCUCUCCGCAUUGACCUCGACUGCACUUACUUACCAAAACAUUUCAGCCCAUAAAGCGAGGCGAGGCCCCGCCUCCGUCCACCCGGCGUCGGUUCUGUUUAACGGCCACGUGUCUGCUGUACAUAACCCGCCGUCCGUUCUGUACAGUUCUGAUAUCUGUCUAUACCAAUAGUAGGCUAUGUUUAAUAGUAUAAUCUGUUUUAAGCAGGUAUCAUGUCAAAAAUCCUUGUGACAUCUAUUGAAGACAACGCGUUAUGGGCCGCUGGCAAUACAUACUAUGUGUAAAUACGGUUUUAUUUGUGCUACAUUGUAUACUUUUUUGUGUGCUCGUUCAUAAUACCAGUGAGAAUACAAUCCUUUUUUUUUUUUUUGGGGCAACUUUUGAUCUGCAGAGGACUUUAUUUGAACAAUGUGUUUUUUCUCUGAAGAAAAAAAAAAAAAAAAAAAAAGAAAAAAGACGAAGAAGAGAAAUAAAGAAAACACGAUCUGUUUCCUCUCCACUGUGACGGGGAGCUCACACGGAGGCCGUCCGCCCGCAGGAGCACCACAGACUCUGGAUCUCUCCCGGCGGACGCGUGGCCCAUGGCGAGGAGGUCAAAGGUCACCUCCCGGUCAAGCCCACCACUCAACCUCUGACUGACUGUAGCCUAUUCUGAUCCUCUUUCAAAUGAAUAACUGUGACUGCAUCAUGAAUAGUAUAUUAUUUUGAAUGUAAUCUAGAAGGGUCGGAUCUUUUUUGAAUGUAAUCUAUCUUGAGGGGACAGGGGGAGGGGAGAGGGAGGGGUGGGAGGGGGGGCGUUGCAGAUUUUUUUUGUAAAUAUAUGGUAAAUGAAAAAAAGAUACAGUUUUCAUUCCUGUGCAGAUAACAAAUUUUACUUACAGUGUGAAUACAAAGAGAGAGAGAGAGAGAGAGAGUGCUUGUGUCAGAGAUGGUGUGUGUGCAUCUGAACACACAUCUUGUAUGCAAGAGUGUGUGUGUGUGUGUGUGUGUGUGUGUGUGUGUGUGUGUGUGCUCUUCUGGCAGAUUUAAUCCUGCUUUUAUCAGCCAGUUCUAUCAAUCAAUCCUAUGCUUUGUGCAUCAUGAGAGUAGCUUAUCUACAAUUAAUGGAAAUGUUCCUUGUGAUACUGUGCUUUUAAUAAAGGUGGUAUGUCUUACAAUA